UUCAGCCCACGUAUAAUGAAGAUGAUGAUGUUGAGUGGCUCUGUUGAGAGACGCCCACGCAGCGUGAAGACUCACAGACUAUGAAACGUCAACGUCCUCUCCUCCAACCUUUAAGUGCGACUCACACUUGGACUGGAAUACACGAUAAAAACCCACAUCGCGGGUUGUUUGUUUUUCAUAUCUUUGCAACAGUAGUGGAUUUAUCCAAAAAGGAAACGAAGCAUUUACCUUGGAACAUAUCUUGGGUUAUUGCUGGAUAUCUACAGGGACUUUAUUUGGCUUUUUCAGCUAGGACUGUAACGGACGUUUCAACUGUGAAGUGGUUCACCUUCCCACCCUCCAUUUAUAUGUACAUAUACAUGUAUAUGCCUGAAAGUAUGGACCACAUGAGCUUCAGUGUUCAGUCAUGCUGUCUUUGAGGCGCUUGAACUCUUCAUUUUCACCGCUCGUUCCUCACUUCUCCAAUGUCAGCGGCGGGAAAGCGGAGGCCCGGGUGGCUUUCGAGGAGAUGUCACAGCAGGCAAACCUCACCACCGGCGGCAUCAUGGUGGUGGUGUUCCCCAUGACACUGGGCAUCGUCUCCAACAUCGUGGCUCUUGUCAUCCUAGCCAACGCGUACUCGCUCCAGCGCCGGCGCUCCAAAGCCACGUUCCUGUUGUUUGCCACCUCGCUGGUGGUGACAGACUUCAUCGGUCAUGUGAUCCCUGGCGCCUUGGUUCUGAGACUCUAUCUGUCUGGAGGUGCACGUCCUGAGGACUACAACUCAUCUGAUGGCAUGUGCAAGUUCCUGGGCGGGAGCAUGGUGUUCUUCGGCCUAUGUCCCCUCUUCAUGGGUUGUGCAAUGGCUGCGGAACGUUGUCUGGGUGUCACCAAACCACUGCUGCACUCCUCCUUGAUCACAAGCACCCGCACUAAAAUGUGCCUGUCUGUGAUCUGGCUGGCCGCUUUGUGUGUCGCCUUGUUGCCAUGCUUACAGCUGGGCUCUUACACCUACCAGGACCCGGGGACCUGGUGUUUCAUUCAAGUUCUCAGUGACAUUCAGCAACUGGAUGUGGCGUUCGUGGUGCUUUUCUCUGGGCUCGGCUUGAUCUCCCUGGCCGUGGCCGUGGUGUGCAACACCAUCAGUGGACUGACACUGGUGCUCGCCAGGCUCAGGAGGAAGCCCGGGUCGCAUCAUUCAGCCAAGUCACAUGACAUAGAGAUGGUAGUGCAGCUGGUGGGGAUCACGGUCACCUCCUGCAUCUGCUGGUGCCCUCUACUGAUCUUUGGCCUGAUGUCGGCGAUCCACUCCUACACAGGAUCCAUUGGAGAGGACCUUCCCAGCUACAAAAUGUUGAUGGUGACCGGUGUGAGACUGGCCACGUGGAACCAGAUCCUGGACCCUUGGGUGUACAUCUUGCUGCGCCGCACCGUAUUACGGAAAAUUUACCUCAUCGCAAAAUGCCAAGCUGGCCUGGGGGGUAAUAUAUUUGGCUGCUUGGACUCUCCAUCCCCCCCGCAGUCAGAAAAGAAUGAAGUCAACCAAGUCUAAGCUAAGGAGGAACGAGUCACGAGUUGUAAAAGACCUGGAAGAGCUGUAGACUUCUUAUAAAAGAAUACAGUUUUUUCCGGGCUGAUUUGUGAAAAUGAGGAAAUAUGUAAACAUUUGUCACAUUAUUUUCGCACCUAACAAAUGGAAGCUAGCUAAAUGUUGUGAUUUUGCACAAAACUUCAUGAAUUUGUAUCGUAUACUGUUUUACCUUGGAAAAAGUGCUUAUUUGAUAUCGGGACAACAAAAUGCGAAUGUGCUGUAAAGCAUCUUCAAUCCCGAGACAUUCAAAGCAAACUUUCAGAAGGAUAACAUGUUGAGUUGCUGUUGAGUCUACUUUUUGCAUUGAAUGAAUGUAAAACAAAGUAUUUGUUAAAGCCUCAUAGAGAGCUUAUGAGUAAAAAAUAUAAUGUAUCAUGAUGGAAUAUCCAUGCUCAGUUACUGCACAUGGAAUGAUUAUGUGCAUGGCGGGAAUAUUUGUGAUGUUCGGAAAGUUGAUUCUUGGACUAAUAAUAAUAAUUUUGAAGUGACUGCAAGUAAAAGCCAUGAAUAGUGACAAAUAUUUUGUGCUUUUUUUUUACUGCAAGUUUAGACUCCUUCAUGUUUUACAGAAAAAAUGGAAGGCUGCAGGGACCACUUUGAGACUCACCAAGCUAAAACCAAUGCAGUGCAGGUCACGCGGUUAAAGAUGUGUGGUGGUUUGAA